CAGAAAAUAUCUUCUUAUAACUUAGUUGGAUGCGGUUAGUCAACGGAUACAUGUGUAAUUGAAGAAUAUUUUAACAAAAAAAUCAUUUUAUCGUACGGAGUGUUUCGUUCUAAGUUUGAUAAGCAAACGCAACCGCGUUUAUGUCUGUAAAAAAAAUGUAGGUGAAAUUGAAAAUGUUUUUGUUCCAACGGAUUAUUUUACAGUGAAAGCAAUAUGAAAAAUAAAUGUCCAUGUUCGACAUAUGGGAUUAAUGAAAUGAAAUUGUGUAUGGAUUAUGGAUUAUUAUAUCAAUUUGUUGGAAGUGUUCAACUUUUCAUGUAACUGUAUUUAACAUGCAAGACAGAUGUGAUGGGUUCUAUUUUCUGCUUGUUCAACGUUGAGUGAUUAAGAACGGAUUUUAUAUUUCAAAAAACGUAUAAUAAAUUACAUUGUGUUGGCCUCUGAUAAUACAAAAAAAACGGUAGAUUUAUUUAUCAUUUUUCUUUGGUGUUCGUUACAUAUGUGCGCGGUGGCUGACAAAAAAAAAUUAAAUUAAAAAUGAAAAUGUGAAAAACAGCAUAUUUCUCCGUAUAAAUUCCGACCAAAAAAAUAUAAUAUCUCGUGUUGGUGAUAUAUUUUUCCGUCAUCAUCCAGCACCAACAAAAUAUGCAAUACAAUUUCCGGUCGGUUUUCGAUAUAAUGUUGUUAUGUGAAUACUGUUUUUAUUACAUCUAUCUCAACAGAAUAUCAAAAAAAUUGUGAAAAUGUUAUAUCGAUUUCGAGUGUACUAUUUUGGAUUUAUUCUCAUCAUGCUUCAUACGAAAAUAAAAGAAACACUCAGCUUAGCAAUGGCGUCUUCAAGUUCAACGGGAAAUUUAUUGCCGUAUUUUGAUUUCGAUGUACAAAGGAACGUAACCGUCACAGUUGGCCAAACGGGUUUCCUCCAUUGCAGAGUUGAAAGACUUGGAGAUAAAGAUGUGUCUUGGAUCCGCAAAAGGGACCUGCACAUCCUAACGGCCGGUGUUACCGUUUACACAUCAGAUCAAAGGUUUCAGGUGAAUCGACCAAAAAAUUCAUCCAUCUGGACAUUGCAAAUAAAAUAUCCACAAAUCAGAGAUGGAGGCGUCUAUGAGUGCCAAAUAAACACCGAGCCGAAAAUGUCUUUAUCGUAUACUUUGAACAUCAUAGAAUUAAAAGCGAACAUUAAUGGUCCACCGGACUUGUAUGUGAAGAGUGGAAGUGACAUCAAUUUGCUAUGCAAAAUAUCACAGGGUCCGCACGAAUUAGGAAAUAUAUUUUGGUAUAAAGGUAACGAAAUCGUCGACAUGGUCGGACAUGAGAAUGAAAUUUAUUCAAAAACAACACAAAGGAUAACAGAGGAUACAGAUUGGGCGGAUGGACUUAUUUCAAGACUCAAAAUACGUCGGGCAACACCAAACGACUCUGGAAAUUACUCUUGUGUACCAACAAUAGCGAAACCAACGAGUGUUUAUGUUCACGUUAUUAUUGGAGAACACCCAGCAGCGAUGCAACAUAAUUCAGCUCAUGCAACAACAACCGUAACCAAUUCACUGCUGAUGGUGUUGUGUACGACUAUCUUUUACCAGACAUUUUUAGCACAAUUUGUAAGUGCAAUGCAUUCACGUUGGCUUAAUGGACUUGUAAGAUGAAAAUAUUUUCUUUUUUAAAUAUUUAAGCUAAACUGAAGAGGUAACGACAUAUUUUAGAGAAAAAAAAGCUAUCACAAUUUCAAGCGAUCGAAUUUUUGUUGAAUGUAAAAUUCAGUGAAUUUUAGAAAGGUUCAAAUUUAUUGAACGAAGGAAGGAAACAUAGAAGAGAAAAUCAAAAUGAAAUUUUUGUGAAAACUUGUUGAUGCUGCACCACAUAAAAAAAUCAAUAAAAAAAUAGAGAAAAAUGAUUAAGAAAACAUAAAUUAGAGCAAAAUAAUUAAUGUAAUUCGAAUAAGAUUAACUAUAUAUAAAACUCUGUUUUAAGGACUCGUACGACCUUUUGUGAUGUGUGAAUUGAAUGUUUCCAUUCAUCUGAAUAAAAUUACCCAUUUCGUGUGUAAAUUGCAACUAGACCUAUACUCUAAACUAUUUUAGUUCAACGUACUUUUAGUGAGAACUGACUAAGAAAUAAAUUUACAUUUUUUACGCUCAACAGAACACAAUAAAUGUUAUGGGAGAACAGUCUUUAUCACGGUGUAACACUAUUCAAGCUAUUCACAUACAUUUUUUGCCGAAGUGUCUAGAGGUUGGUCUUCACUCUCCACGCCAUUCAAUUAUCUUAUGUGUUGUCCACAAGCAAAUAGAUAAGAUGUUCUAUGCGUUUUUUUAACAUCAAGUAACUGAUCAGUAGGAUCAAGAGAACUCUUCCGAAAAAUAAGCUCAUGUAUCUUCGACAACGACGACACAAAUAAGCAAUGAACCAUGCCUACAAUUUUCCAUCUAUGCUUUAAACAUAAGAAGUAACAGAUUUAAUAGUAAUGUGGUUCAAUGCGCCUAACAUCAUCAAAACAGCGUGAAAAUGAAAGUCUAGUUUCUCAACAACAAUAAUAAGAAUUAUAUUUCCUUAAACAGAAUCCCCAAACACAUGAAAAUCUAGAACUUAUUUCGAGCCUAAAAGGGUCUAUCGUAUAUGGUAUUGCAGACUUAGAUUGUAGUUUUAGCAAAAUAAGUACACCCAAUUGCAUACGGACUUACGGUGCGUAUGAGUCUAAUCAAAAAUAUUAAUUUAAAAAAAAAGAACAGCAAAGUAUAUAGCAGCGAACAUUUCUCACCCCAUUUUAGAGUAUAAAAUAAUAAAUAUAUAUUUAACUGAAAUGUGAACAAGAAUAAAUGUAUAACCAUACGAAACCUCCCCCCUGAGUGUACGUGUUCGUAUAAAUAAAAAAUUAUUGUUUUGAUGAAAAAAAAUAUAAAAAAUAAUGAAAAAGUAAAAUAAAGUAAAAUAUAAAUUUAAAAGUAAUUUAAAUAAAAGAAUAUAAAUUAAAACAUAUAAAAUCUUAGAAAAUCAUACUUAUAAACGGCAAGAUGACAUAAAAAGUUUGACAAGAGAAACUUGGAAUGUGUAAUGGGGAAAAAAAGUUUGUUAUUUGACUCUUUGUAGGGAUCCCUGAAAUGAUUUUUAAAGAAUUUUAUUUCGUUUAAUAAGUACUACAUUGCAUAAAAAAUAUAUUUUUAUUUUGGAGUUAAACACUGUGUGAUAUAUAUUAUGAUCUAAUUAUUUAUAGGAAAAUUUUUAUAAAAAAAAAACAGAGAUUAAUUGUAAAUUUUAAGAUGAAGGUAAAAGAUAAUUCAAAAAAAAAAUUGUAAAUAUUG